UUGAGGGUUCAUAAUUUAAACUUCAUGUUGUUGAUUACCUACAAUAAGUUUCAUGCACAAGUAUCAAUUUUAUCUUUUCCAAAUAUUUUCUUCCUAUCUCAUUUUACAUGAUUAUAAAUAAAUAGUGUAUGUUAGGGAAAGUAAUUUCAUGCACAACUAUAUACAUCAAACUUGUUACUAUGAGAUUGAUUAUUUAGAUGAUGAUGAAAAUACAAAUAAAAAAACAUAUAAUAUUGUAGUAAUGUAAACAGUUGUGCAUGUUUGCUGGUAGCAAUGAUGAAAUAAAUUCAUUUAAUAGACAAACUUUGGUCCCCUUUGCUUUCAUGCUAUAUAACUUUUUUAUAAUGGACCACCAACUUUAUAUUUUUCAUCUUAUUAUAAACCAAUUUUUCUACCCUUAUACAUCUUUCAUUUCACCUCAUACAUGAAAAUCUUCUAAGGUACAUCAAGAUAAAUUAAAUAAAUAAAACACUGAAAUUGAGAGAGCAAAAAAGUGUGUUUAAAUCAAUUUUCUCUAAUGGGUAACAACAAGUUCAAAUUUUCAGAUAUGAUACCAAAUGCUUGGUUUUAUAAGCUAAAAGAUAUGAGCAAAUCAAAGAAGAGAAAUGGUUCACAUGUUAUGAAGAGUAAAGUGACUUCACCAACAACUUCUCAAAUGUCACAUUCAAGGUAUUUGAAUUAUUUCCCCAAUGAACCAAAAAAUGCUUGUAAGCUAUUCAACACACCAAUUCACAAAAAAGAAUUGGAUUUUCCAUUCAAUGAUUCACCAAGAAGGUCUUCUAAGAGAAAGGAUAGAAGAAAAACAGUUUACAAGCCUUCUCCUUUAGUUGUUUUCAAUGAUUUGUCUUCAAUUGAAUGUUCUUCUGAGUCUUCUGAUUUUAAUCAAUAUGUUUCUUCUGAAUCUGAUUGUGAUGGUUUUUCUGUUAAUCCUGAUUUUGUUAAUGGAGUAGCUUCUAAUUGCAGUUGUAGAGUUAGUUCUUCCACUAAUGAUAUCAUUAUAGACAUGAUGAACAACAAUGAAUCUUUUCAUGGAAAUUGUGAAAAGAUAGAUGAUUUUGAUGCAUUUUCAACAAUUGGGCUAGCUCCAAUUUUGACAAAGCAAGUGAAGUUUGAUGAUAAGAUCAAAUGGGCUGCACCCGAAUCUCGAAAUUCGACCGAUUCGGAUGAGCCGGAGAUUGAUCAUUCUUUUAGUAUGAAAGUUAACAUAGAAGGAAGUAAUCAUAGAAGUCAAAGAAGGAAGAAAAAAAGUCAAAUAGUUAGAAAAUCUUCUCCUAAUUCACCAGGUAUAAGGCUUAGAGUGAAUUCUCCAAAAAUUGGAAACAGAAAAAUUCAAGCUUGUGCAAGAAAGAGUGUGUCAUCAUCAUCCAAAGGAAGCAAAGAUUCAAGGAAUGAUGCAAGGUUUCUAGAUGGAUUUGCUGUUGUUAAGUCAUCAAUUGAUCCACAAAGUGAUUUUAAGGAAUCAAUGGUGGAGAUGAUUGUGGAGAAUAAUAUAAGGGAAUCAAAGGAUUUGGAGGAUUUACUUGCAUGUUAUCUUUCUCUUAAUUCAAGUGAAUAUCAUGAUCUUAUUGUUAAAGCAUUUGAGCAAAUUUGGUAUGAUAUGGCUCAACUUAGAAUGUAGAAAUAUCUUAAUGUUAUUAUUAUUCAAUGCAUGUUUAUAGUCUUGUAAUUACCACCACUUUAUGAAUCAAAUUAAACUUGUUCUGAUUCUUCUGAAA